UCCACUGAAGUCGCUCCGUGGAAAAGCAUCAUUAAUGUUCCGUUUUCCGGUUUGAGCUGCAUAGGGAAAGUUAAAAGUUUGUCAAAAAGUGUGUGAUAUAAAACAAAUGGAUUCGGGUUAUUCUAAAGAAGAUGGAACUACAGCUAGGAGAAGAAGCGCCAGAACUUCAUCUAAAACAGAUCCCUCUAGUUUGGGUGCUGUACCACUGGAAAAACAACAAGAAGCCUUAAUAGGAAAUAAGAAAAGCCUGAAACAUCAGAAUCAGAAUCCCACCAUAGAGAAAGCAAAAACUGCAUACAGUGCUUAUGUUGAACCCAGACCCCAACUAAAAAGAAGCAGGAAAAUGAGGGAAGAUGAUGGUGCAUCCAGAACUGUCAAUGGAUCUAAAAAGUCCAAGAGCCUCAAGAAGGGGGAUGAUGAUGAUGAUGAUGAUGAUGAUGGUGAAUCCCCUGUUAAGAAGAAAAAGCUUAAAGAGACAGAGAAGGUAAGAGAGAUAAAUGAGAGAGGUGAUGGAUUUAAACACACUGAUGAAGAAGAUGUGGAGAUGGGUGAGGAUGAAGACCAGGAUCAAGAAGAUCAGGAUCAAGAUAUGAACUCAGAUGAGGGGUCUGAGCAGGAGCAGGACAAUGAGCCCAGUUUGAAAGUGGAUUCCUCAGCACAGCCUGGGACAAUAGUAAAGCAUCUUGCCUAUGCAUUUGGAGAAAAUCUGAGAAGGGAGGAGAUAGUGGGCAGCCGAAUGUCCAUUCAUCAAAAACCUGUGGACCAUGAAAUAGACAGACUCAAAACCCAAACAAAAAAUUACAGACCAAACACAACAUCUAGAGAUCCCUCUAGUUCGGGUGCUGUACCACUGGAAAAACAACAAGACGCCUUAAUGAGAAAUAAGAAUAGCCUGAAAUAUGAGAAUCAGAAUCCCACAAUGGAGAAAGCCAAAAGUUUGUAAAAUCUGUAUAUUGUAAUUAUAUA